ACGCAUCUGUAACAGCAUCGUCAAACUUCGGCUCCGCUCACCGCGCGCGGCUGUACACCGUAGCAGAGGGUGGUAAACCUGGAGCCUGGGUGGCCGCCGUAUCAGACACGAACCAGUGGCUUCAGAUCGACCUCGGAACUCUUGCCAUGAUAAAACGUCUGGAUACUCAAGGACGACACGGGGUUUCCGAAUGGGUCAGCAGUUUUACCCUAUCCUACAGUUCAGUGGAAAGCAACUUCAAAUUUUAUGCUCAGAUUUUUAAAGCUAACAGAAAUCAAAACACAAUAGCAGUAAACACAAUCAUCCCGUCCAUAUUGGCCAGGUUUCUUCGUAUUCAUCCUCGCACCUGGGUUAAUGGGGUGGCUUUGAGAAUUGAAAUCUAUGGCUGCUUUGCAGUAAACAUGUAUAUCGAGAAGAUUAUAGACAAAGGAUGCUAUAAGGAUUAUACCGACAGAACCCUUGCGUCAUUGGAGACAACGAGUCCAUUAUUAGAUGGCAGUUAUAUGCAAAGGGCUGCUGCCAUAAGACGAUGUGCAAAGGCUGCUUACGAUUUGCAACUGAACGUUUUUUCGGUUCAAAACGGAGGGCAGUGUAUGGGAGGAAUCGGAACUCAUUUAAACUAUAACAGAUACGGAAAGUCUACCCAGUGUCAAGAGAACGGCCGCGGUGGACCAUGGGCUAAUCAAGUCUAUGAGAUCAAAAGAAAGUGUAAUUUGUCAGAUGAAUGGUGUGAUUGGAUGAGCCAAAAUGAUACAAAAACAAGAUGGAGUCUGGCGGAAGCGGCUGACUUAGUCAAAGCUAGCAAAGCCAUUGCAGAAUUUGCACAUAACUUUGUAAACAAGGAAAAUCUAAAUGACAGACAGUAUGUAUUGGAAACAAGCAAGAACAGGCCACAGCGAAUCACCACUCCGGUCUCAAUAGGGACAAGCAUUAAUGCAAUGACAGUAUGUUAUUGGUUACAGGAUAACUUUGCUAUUUUCUCCCUGAAAUAUGCAUCCGGCAACGACGCUGAGGAGACGCCAUCCUUCAGUUUACAUCAGAGUUUAGUUGGGGUUAAAAUGAAUGUCAAGGAAAGUGUUAUUUUAUCACAUUUGUCCGUGGAGAGAAAUGUCUGGCAUCAUGUCUGUGCCUCAUGGAGUUCUCAAUUAGGAUUCUGGAAAAUUUACAAAGAUGGAAAGCUCUUCGAUUUUGAUAGAUGGCUUAGCUCCGAACAAGUAAUAUCUGGGUCAGGAGUUACAACUAUAGAAUUCCAACAAGGCAAUCAAACGUUCUCAUCAAGAUUGACUGGUGUCAAUAUGUGGGACCAUAAUCUAGGAGUGGAGGAAGUAUAUCGUCUUUCUCUUGGAUGUGGACAAGAAUCAGGAAAUAUUUUGCGGUGGUUUGAUCUGAGGAAUAAAGUGGAUAUGACGGAGGACGAAAAGGAGAUAAAGGAGCCGGCUUGCUCGUAUCGUGAUGGUGUUAUGGCAAUAGUAAGCCAUGGUAUUGCAGAAAGGGUUACCUUGGUGAGUCCGUGGAACAAUAGAUCAGCAGACAAAUAUGGAAGUUGUCUCAAGUUCAGGUUUCUAAUGUUUGGACCUGGUGCUAAAGGAUUGGAGAUUCAUCAACAACUUGAAGAAAGUCAGUGGCCGAUUUGGAAAGAUUCUGAUAACAUGGUGCCGUACUGGCGACAUGGACAAGUUUCCCUGAGUUCUCUUGCGAGGAGCAAGGUUAUCAUUAAAGGAGACAUGGAAAGAGUGCCUGGUUACAUAGCUGUCGGAGGACUGUCUUGGGUCGAUGGGUAUUGUGAAUCUCAGCCUGUUGGAGCAGCCAAUCAAGCAUGUAGAAAAACACUGGUGGCGUCUUCUGGUUUUAUCUUAUCACCUUACUAUCCUGGGUUCUAUGCACCUAAUUCCAGUUGUAAUUGGCUAAUAACCGCGCCAGUUAGUCAUGUGAUACGUCUUGAGGUACUGGAUUUUCAACUGGAGCGUGACCCGCGAUGUGCUACUGACCACCUUGAGGUGACUGAUGGGAACACAGUAGGUGAAAAAAACUUGGGAAGAUACUGCGGAGAUGAAAUUCCGAAACUAAUGCAGUCCACAAAAAAUACACUGCACAUAGCGUUCAGGUCGGACAUGAGCGUCCAACGAACAGGCUUUAAAAUACACUAUUCAUUUAAAGUACAAGCUGAGGAUAGUGCAUGUAGCAGCAAACGAGAUUGCCCAUCAGGCUGUUCGUGCUUCCAGACAACUCUCGGAAAUUUUUUUGUCCAAGGUUUUGAUCUAAGAACUGUUCCGGGAAACAUGCCAUCCUACACAAAAGCCUUGCUCUUUGCAAACAACAGAAUUAACCUGAUUCAGGAGAAAGCUUUUUCAAAUUUGCCGCUGUUGGAGUAUAUAGAUCUCAGUAGAAAUGUAAUUCUGAUGUUAGCUGAUUCUUCGUUUCAAGGAUGUCAGAAUUUAAAAACCAUAAGACUGACUGGAAAUUUUGUCAGGAAAUUGUCUUUAAAUGUCUUUUCUCACCUUCACAAUCUAGAAGUCCUAGAUCUUGGAGAGAACCUCUUAACUGUGAUCCCAGAGGGAACAUUUUCUCACUUGCUCAAUCUUCGCGUGGUAAGUUUGAGGUCUAAUGAAAUAAGGUCUCUGGAGAUGAAAAUGUUUAGCCAGCGGAGUAAUUUAACAUAUCUAUAUCUUCAGGAUAACUUGAUUGAAGUAAUUCCGGACAAAUUAUUCAACAAUCUUGGAAACCUAAAAGUUCUCUACCUGAACAACAAUAAGAUAAAAAGGAUAUCAAUGCACACCUUUGAGGGAUUAAUGUCAUUACACACUCUGUAUCUAGACAAUAACAGGAUAGUGGACCUCCCUGCUGAAACUUUUCAUGCUUUGGGCAGUUUACGAAAACUCACCAUGGAUCAUUUCACCCACUGCUGUUAUGCUGUUACUACAAUUCCUCAAUUACAGUGUGAUGCUCCUGCCGAUGGUUUCUCAAGCUGUGAUGACCUCAUGAAAAAUAAAACUCUCCAGAUAUUCAUAUGGAUUCUUGGAAUCUCAGCAUUCGCAGGGAAUUUGAUUGUGGUUCUUUGGAGAUGUUUCUUGAAAGAAGAUAAUCGCGUUCACUCAUUCCUGCUAACAAAUUUAGCGAUAUCUGAUUUUCUUAUGGGGAUAUACUUAUUAAUAAUCGCCAUUAAAGACACUCAGUGGCAGGGAGUGUAUUUCAAACAUGACUUAUCCUGGAGGACAGGUAAACUGUGUCAGUUCGCCGGCGUGUUAUCCAUGGUUUCAAGUGAGGUGUCUGUGGCAAUGUUGACAAUUAUCACAGCCGACCGACUCAUAUGCAUAGUAUUUUCAUUCAGAUUCAGGAAGCUUUCUUUCAAGCGUGCAUGUUUUUUGUGCACAGUUGUGUGGCUCUUAGGAAUCACGAUAUCCACAGUGCCACUGAUGGGAAUUGAUUAUUUUAAUGACACGAAAAAAGGUGUAGGUUUUUAUGGUCGUUCAGCCGUGUGCCUUCCUCUCCAGUUGUCAUCUGACCGACCAGCAGGUUGGGAGUAUUCUGUGUCUUUCUUCAUCGCCUUUAAUUUCGUGGCUUUCAUGUUUAUGCUUGUUUCUUACAUUGCUAUGUUCGUUAAGGCAAAGAAAAUUGGCGGAGCCGUCAGAUCGACCAACGUUAGAAACGAGACUGCUAUGGCGACAAAAAUGAUGUUCAUAAUCCUCACAGACUUUUUCUGCUGGAUACCAGUCAUCAUAAUCGGAAUAUUAUCUUUAACAGGAAGACUGUAUGAUCCAAAGCAGCUUGUAUAUGUUUGGAUAGCAGUUUUUGUUCUUCCUGUGAAUUCCUCCAUCAAUCCUCUUCUUUACACAUUUUCUACAACCGCCUCCAGGAAAAAGUUGAAAACUCUGACGGGAACGAUGAGCUCAUUUAUAAGAAGAACUCAUUCUUCAGGAGGACGAGGAAGAUUAGAUACACACCUUGAUAUAACAUUGUCAACCGUGACUCCUAACUUGCCUGACAGAAAAACAGCCAUUGGAAAGACUGACGUGAAGAUUAUUGAAUUUUGUGACAUAUUUAAUGACUGCAGCUCCAAUCAGUCUAUGGGAUAUGCUACUUGCUGGGUGGAAAAAGACAGUUUGGAAAUGUGCCUUUUGAAGUACUUUACAAGAUCCAAAGAGAAAGACUGGAAAAACGAAAUUGAAAUUUUAAAAGAAAUAGCUAAAAAUGGUGCACAUGACAACCUGAUUGCAUUCCGCUGGCAUUCAGAAGUGUGUGAUGUCAACAUUGGUUUUCAAAAGACCAAGCUACCAUCCAUAAAGAACGCUAGCUUGUUAAUUUGCUUUGCCUUUGUGUCAAGCACCUCAUUGAGCGAUUUCCUUGACGAAGGUGUUGGAAGAUGUGAACCAACAAUUACCCAACUACUGAUUGUACUUUUGGAUGUUGUCAAGGCUGUUGAACACCUUCACAAAACAGGAAUAUGUCAUAAUAAUAUUUCUCCGUCCAACGUACUCGUUUCCUUCAAUGAAGGGGUUCGACCAGUGAAAGGAGUACUUGGAAACUUUGGACGAGCCUUUUUGCUUAAACAAAAUGACAACUCUUCCUUUUUGCGCCAAGAAGAUCUUCGACAAUUUCGCAAAUUGAUGGAAACAGUUGUUGGUUACAGCAAUUCUGCACGGAAAACAAAUGAGGUAAGUGUAGCAGAGAUUCUUGCACUGUGCAAGGGCAACGAGGACGACACACGAGACGCCACACAUAUCCGGGAAACACUUCAAAGAAUAAGUAGCUCCCUAAAGGAUAGUGCGAGGUUCUAACACAGCCAAGCAUCGCAACGACAAAAUUGUACCUACAGUUGCAUCUAAAUGAGAAUCUCACAAUGCAUGCAUGUAUUAAACAUGAUUUGUUUUCAUGUAAUGACGUAACUAGUAAUAUUUCUACAGUCGAAAGGAACCAUAUACUUUUUUCAACCUUUAUACACUAUUAUGUUGGAUUGUAGAUUAGUCGCAUUUUUUUCCAGUAAUUCCUGUAGUUACACACAGGAUACGUGUUUACGCAAGGCAGUCAAAAUUAUCCAGACAACGCCGAUUAUUUCACUCUUUUGAUCUUAAAUACUCAAUUGAGUAUGUUACCUAAGAACCCAAGUUUUAAGCAAAAUAAUAGAUCUUGGUUUAUUAGAUACUGCACAGGGAAGUUUGUUGAGAAGACGUUUAACCUUUUGACUGAUUAUUAUUAUUAUCAUUAUCAUUAUUAUUUUUUUUAGUUGACUUCUGAUUGCGCCAAGCCAAUCACUGGGUCGAGUCUGUCGACCUCGUUCUGAUUUGUCUGACAAAUAAAGGUCUAUAUCGGACAAAUAUCUCCGGUUGUGUUGAAUGACUUUUCAUUCAAAGAGAUAAUAAUAGAACGAAUGAAAUUUAUCUCCGAAAAUUCUUUGAGGGGGAAACGAAGAGAGGAGAUAUCGUAGUUGCGAAAUUUACCCAUAAAACCUUGAUAACCUGGUAAGAAAUUACCCGACACGACUAUGAGGACUAGGUUGUUUAAACCGGGAUAAUUUACCCUGCAUCUUUACCCCAACAUCUUUUUUAUGACUUCUUCGUCGAUUUACAUUACAUUUUUUUUUAAUAAAAAGAUACUAUCUUUCUAUUUGUGGUAUUAUCGAGUCAUAAAAAUUCAACCAAAACUGCGGCUUCAAAAUGUACCACACUAUAAAA